AUGCAGCCAAAAGGGUUCGCGUUGUUCGGGGCCGUCCUUCUCGGCGUCUCCCGAGCCCGAGAGUGGCAGUUCCCGCAGGCGGCGGCGGCGGCGGCAGCACAGCAGCCUCUCGGCCGAGUGAGCGAUGACAAUGACGACGUAGACAUAUUGUACGGGAGCCAGUUCAACGGCUUGAAUACGUAUGCCAGAGUCCCAUAUGUCAACUGUUUAUCCAAUGAGGAGGUGGCAAAUGGUGCCAAGUACGACAUUGCCAUUCUCGGUGCGCCCUUCGAUACGGCCGUUACAGCCAGGCCGGGAGCUCGCUACGGUCCUCGUGGAAUACGCACAAGCAGCCAGAGGAAGUACGCCGAUUUCGCAUGGAGUGUUUAUACGGGCAAGAAUGCGCUCAAAUCCUGGGCCACCGUCGUUGACUGCGGCGAUGUGCCUCUGACGGUUCUCGACAAUAAUUACGCGCUCGCCCAGCUAACCAAGGGGCACAAGGUCGUAUCGGGGAGGAAAGCUGCCAACCAGAGCAUCUCCUCGACACCGAGAAUAAUCAUGCUCGGCGGAGACCACACGACGACACUUCCGGCACUGAGGUCGGUGCACAAGCACUGGGGACAAGCGUCUGUCAUACAUUUCGAUAGUCAUUUAGAUACCUGGGAACCGUCAGUAAUCGGCGGUGGUUUAUCAGAUUAUGCCGGUCUCAACCACGGCACAUUCCUCCAUAUCGCCCACGAAGAGGGCUUAAUCCGCAAAACCUCCAUCCACGCCGGCAUUCGCGCCCCGAUAGCACGGCCAAAAGAGGACAUACAAAACGACGAGCAUUGCGGCUUCGCACGCAUAACAGCCCGAGACCUCGAUCGAAUCGGCACAGCGGGGAUAAUAACGCGGAUCCGCGAGCGCGUGACGGGGCCGGUGUACAUCAGCGUUGACAUCGACGUAUUGGAUCCCGCAUUUGCACCUGCAACGGGAACCCCUGAGCCCGGCGGCUGGUCAACGCGGGAGCUGCUCUCGAUCCUCGACGGUCUAGCCGGUCUUGAAGUCGUCGGCGCGGACGUGGUCGAGGUGGCACCCGUGUACGACACUCGCGGCGAGACGACGUCGCUAGCAGCAGCCGAAGUAGUGUGGUCGUUGCUCGAGCUUAUGGUCGAGACUCCCGUCAAGUCCCUAGCCGACCAAGCGAAGUACCCUCGUAGUAAAGAUAUAACAAGCACGUAAUAGUUCGUCCCCACCGGAAGUACGAUGGUGCAUACGGACAAUGUAAAACGUGUAAAGUUCUAGGUAAUAUGCAAGGUUGAGAUUGUAUUGAUUGGAUAUCCGCCACUAUACUUAACGCCUUGUAUGGUAGCGAUAUAAUAGCGUCUAUGAGCUGAUAGCUACCUCUACUACCUUGAAAAGCGCGAAGGCAGAAAAAUGCCACAAUGCCACAGACA